CUUAUAAAAAUUUGAAAUUUUCAUUUCAAGGGAUUUCGGCUUUGAUAAUUACUUUCCAUUUUGAUAUUGAUUUUAAGAAGUUUUAUUAAAUUGAAUUCCACGGGAAGUUUAAGACAUAUUCGAUUUCCACAGAAAGUAAUUGAUUUUUUCCAUAGGAAGGAAGUAAUAAAUAUCUAUCUAGACUUGAUUGAAUUCCCGGAAAGUUUUGAAUUUACUAUUUCCUGGGCUUUCCGCUUUAUCAAUUACUUUCCAUUUUUAUUUGGAAUUUAUUUGAAUUGAUUUCCAGCAGAAGUUAAGGGAAAUUCGAUUGUGCAUAGGAAUUAUUGAUUUUUCUCUGGACAGUUUUCCGUAGAUUUGAUUCUCUGGUGAACUGGAAUGGCGCUUGCUUAUCCUCGUUCUCGAUCUGAGCUAUUUAUUGGGGAUUCAUAAUUAUGUUGUGUAUAUUAAGAAGAAGGAAUAAAAGGUAAAUGGAUUUCGGCAGGGAGGUGCCGGGACUUGAAUUUGGUGAAGAUAAUGAGGUAAACGGUACCAUUUCUGGCUCAGAAAAAUUGCAUAGUGAUGAUGAAACCAAGGUUCUGAACAACGGAUGUGUGGUGGAAAAUAUAUACCCUAAUGAGCUAUCUUCCGAGGGGACAGGAAUGGGAACUGAAGUUAGAGGGUUGGUGAAUUUGGCAGAUGCGGAUGUGAAACCUGAAAUGUCGCCUUCCCCGGCAACAACGAAGAAAGGAAAUAGGUUGAAGAAAUGGAAAAGGAUCAAGAGGGACCCCAAUAAGGUUGGGAACAAUAGUGUUGAUGCUGCCAAGAUGGUUACACAGGAUUUGUCAGAUUCAGGUACAAAUUCGAGCAAACGGAUGCAAGUUUUUGACGACAGGAACCAAAGAGGGCAGGGGUCUGUUUCAUCAACAAAUGCAAGGAAUCUUGAUGGUUUUGCUACGCUUGGUGAUUAUAGGUUGUCAAUUGGACCAACCUUUGCUGCUGGAAACGAUUCAGAGAAUAGCGAGGAUCGGAGCAGCAAGUCCUCCACGACAACCAGUGCUCCAAGGGCGAGAUAUGAGAUGCCAGUGGUUGGAGGAUUUCCGCGCGAUAAGAGCAGGAUGAGGAGUCUGAGUGGGAAGAAUUUGGGCAACUCAGUGCGUGGUCAGAAGGGAUGGGGACGCAUUGAGACCAGUAAGAAGGCUGAAGGAGAACGUGUCAAAAUCGAGAAGGAAAAUUCUCGUUCCAGCGUGGAAUCUGACUGUCGAAGCUCCAACUUUCUCCUUAUGCAGGGAAAUGACACUGCAACGAGUAAGGGGAUUCUAAGUGGAAAAUCAAUGAAUUAUGAUGAAGAAAAUGGUGGUGAGAUUCAGGCUGGUGAAAGGAAAGUCAGUGAUGGGCUUCGAGGUGGUUAUGAUAGGAACAAUGGCAGAAGAUUUGAAGAUGUCUCUCACGAAGAUUUAGUUGCCAACUCAUCUUGGGAGGCUAAAGAAGAAAGAAGUGGGAACCAUGAGAACUCAACAGGUUGUUAUCCUCUAGUUGAAUCCAUCUUUGCACUUCAAUCAGCACAAGAAGCACUUGAAAAAGAGGUUCAGAAGUUUAGGGAAAUUGGUGGAGAAGAUGUCUCGGUUGAUGAUUUUCAAGAUUUGCCUUCAGAGUUCACUUCAGUUGAUACAAAAUUGUACAAAACAAGCUCCUCUGAGCAGGUAUACUCUUGCAAGCAUGUGCAUAGUUCUUUCCAUUCCUUCUACUCGGGGGUAAAAGAAACACCAAACAUGGACAUGGAUAUUGAACUUGAGGACCUCUUUAAGCGAAAGAUUGAAGCAGAAGUUGAAUAUCUGGUAAUAUCAAGAAAUGCUCAGAUUUUGAGAGUUGCUUCAGUGGAUCAUACUACCCUUCUGGAAGAUCAAAAUACUAGAGCUUCGCAGCAAACCCGGAUGCUGAACGAGCUUGGAGAUACUGAUGACAUUAAAAGUGCUGCUGUGGACGAAACAUUGAAGAUGCAGAGAAGAGUAUGCAAGUACACCUCAUGUUUUUUCAUACAGUUACUACUGUUGGUAAUUGUACUGGGAAUCUUUAUUUUCCAGUCUUCACAAAAUUAUGCCGGGAUUGUUCCAACUUAAUCUUUUCGAAAAGUCUCCCCCUUUUCCCUUUUCUUUUUCAAAAAAAAAAAAAAAUAAUUCUGGCAUUUUCAUUAUGUAGUAAUUUCGUCCAGAAAUAGAUGUAUAGAUCAAGGCAUUAGCUAGUUUUGUUAGUUUAUUCAAGUUUCAUCACACGGUGACGGAUUCUGCUGCAUUGAAUUUGUGUACCUUAAUUUUAUUUCUUUAAGUUUGUGUUCA